CAUAAGCAGCCUCUUCUCUGGGGGAAAUUCCACCAUGCCUACGCAAGCCACUGCAGGGACAUCCUCACCCCAUAAAUUGGGGAGUUGUUGAUUGUCUCAGCACCAGACAGAGAAGAGGCUUUCAAGCUCCCCUUGCCUGCUUCAACUCCAGCCACCACUUCUCAGCUGACAUGAAGGUCUCUGUGGCUGCCCUUGCCAUUCUCAUUGCCGCCUUCUGCUACCAGACCUCCGCUGCACCAAUUGGUUCUGACCCGCCGACCUCCUGCUGCUUCACUUACACCUCCCGGCAGCUGCCCCGCAGCUUCGUGGUGGAAUACUAUGAGACCAACAGCCUGUGCUCCCAGCCAGCCGUCGUGUUUAUCACUAAGAAGGGCCGCGAAGUCUGUGCCAACCCCGAGCAGGACUGGGUCCAGCAGUACAUGAGCGACCUGGAGCUGAACUGAGGUCCCAGGACAGACCCUGCCACCCUCCAUCCCCCGGCUGCUGGGAUGAGCGAGCCAUGGCCAGCUGUGGGCUCCGUUGGAAAUGCUUCAGUGUCAUUUAAAGAUAGUUAGGAAAAUGUUCCAGAAUCUGACUUUAGUGGUUUCCUAUUUAAUUUUUUAUAGGGGAGGGAUUAGGUGCAAUAACUCCACUCCAGGCAAAUAAGAGUAUUAUUUAAUAGAUAUAUUUUUUUAAAUGAAGACUCAU